CCAUUCUCUAUGACUUCACUCAUCUUUCCUUCACCUUCCUCCCAGUGGCAGCGCUGCUCUUUGGGGGAGCGCCCGCCCAGUCAACUUGACAACCGGCAGACCAUACAGUAUCGCAGAAGUGUCGCAUAUCAGGAGAUUACUGAGCUGUGGAAGGUGAGACACUGCCCAUCUAGGAACCCCUGAUGUAAGCGCCCUUGACCAAUCAGCAAGACUUCAUGUAUUGGCGCUAGGGCCAGGAGCAUGUGGCAAGGCAUGGCUGCAGUGUUGAGGGCCGCAGUAGGACUAUGGCUUCUGGGGACUUGCACAGCCGAGUUAGAAUGCCGACCAUAUAACCCAACGGACAUGCCCCAGUUUGUGUUCUACGACUUGUCUGACCAUACCACCGGCUUCAUGGCUGCAACGGUUAAUGGCUUCCUCGGUAUGAUCCAGCCCAACCCCUUUCCUAAAGAUCUGAUCAAGACAGCAAUACUGUCUGAGGCGUUAACAGACGACGCUUUUAUUAAAGAAGUGUUGUCCUACGAGGUGGGCUUCGUGUUGUGCGCAGUCAUAGGCAUCCUCUACGUCCUUCUGAUGCCCUUAGUGGGCUCUGUGUUGGCCUGCUGCCGCUGCUGUGGCAACUGUGGGGGAGAAAUAUACCAGAAGCAGACGCCCACCAUUCAGUUGCACAGGAGAACCUUGUACUGGAGCACCGUCGUCACUACGCUCAUCCUCUUAGCUGGGAACAUUUGCAUGUUCAGAAGUAACACAGCAUUCAAAGAGAGCCUGGACCACAGCCGAACUCAACUUGACAAAACCUUUGACAACAUCAACACCUUUGUCACGACACUGUCUCCGCAAGUCGAUCAUGUAGUGAACCAGGGCCUUUUGAUUGUGGAUACUGUAAAAACAAGCAUACAAGGAAGUGGUGAAAUAUUGAGUAACGAGAUCUUUGGAGACGACAUGAAUGCGCCUCAAAUGCUGACAGCUGCUCUGAAAAAGCUAACGUCGCUUCAGAAAAAGCUGAAUGUUAAAAUGGGAGAUGUGGCGACCAAGUUGACGAAUCUUAAGACCAGUAUGGGUAGUACCCUGGAUAAUGAACUUUGCAAUUGCCAAGAAGUGAAGAAAAGUCUAGAUGAAAUUCAACUGGACGACCAACAAUUUAAAGAUGUAUCAGCGAAUAGAUUGGAAAAAUCCUUGACUCAGGUUGAUAUAGCCGCUAAGUUCAAAGACAUCAAGAGUGACAUGAAGAGUGUGACCAGCAAUUUGGACACCACACAACUGGAUACAAUCAAACAGACGAUAUCCAGUAAGGUAAAAAGCAUCUCUUUAAACGAGGACCUAUUAUUGGGCCCUGUGAAUAAGCUGCGCAAAGACAUCCGACGGUUUGACCCGCAGGUGGAACGAGCGGAGAGUAUCAGGGGGCGUGUGUGCAUCGCCUUGUGCUGUCUGGUCCUGCUGGUGGUCCUCUGUAACCUCCUGGGUCUCGUCUUGGGCCCCCUAGGUCUCAAACAAACUGAAGAUCCCACAACACGCUCCUGCCUGGCCAAUUGUGGUGGAAUAAUUCUCAUGAUCGGAGCGAGUGUGAGCUUUCUGUUCUCGUGGCUGCUCAUGUUGGCUGUGACGCUGCUCUUCUUGGUAGGCGGCAAUGUUCACACACUGGUGUGUCGGCCCUGGAGCAGCGGAGAACUGCUUGAGUUUGCUCCAACUGUAUUGCCAUCCUUGGAUUUGGCUAAAAUCUUAAAUAUGAAAAGCAACAUCACGCUCUCCGAUGUAUACAGAGACUGUGGGGACAACAAGCCUCUGUGGUCCGUACUCCACUUAUAUGAGAAAUAUAAUAUUGACAGCUUCCUCCACAUUCCCAAAGACAUCGCCUUUGAAAAUAUCAACGCAGAUAUUCCCAAAACCAGCAUCUUCAACACCGACAUCAAUAAUAGUUUUAAUACUUUACAAUGGAGCCAGACCACUCAUUCCAAACAGAUGGUCGAACAAGUACAGACGCUGGAGGCAACAGCUGUCAUGUUCGAUGAAAAGGCCAAUUCGCUAACAGAUGCAGCGGUACCUCAUCAAGGUGCAGCAGUUGCAGCUCAGCUUCGAGGCGCAGCCGCAACCCUGAGGCAAAUUCAGACGGAUAUAGAGAACAUCAUCCUACCAACAAUUGAUGAGAUUGACUCAGCUAAGAAAGAAGUAACGGAUGCUGUGGAAGAGCUGCAGAAUGUAGAAAAAAGACUCCACAGCAUCGACAUCAACAGUGCGAUUAAGAAGUUGGUGGACUGCCAGCUGAGAAACAUCAAUCAAUUUGCUAACUGGGCCAAAGUUAUGCUUACCGAGAAGUUUGGCCGCUGUGGUCGUGUGGCUGAGGUUGUGGACUCUGCUGAGAGCAUCCUGUGUUCGUACCUUGUCCCUUCUCUGAAUGCCUUCUGGUUCAGUCUUGGCUGGUGCAUGACUUUCAUUAUCCCCAGCAUCAUAUUCUCCAUGAAACUAGCAAAGCACUACAGGAGAAUGAAGUAUUCUGAUGAUGACAAGUAACGAAAACGACGGCAUUGACAACAUGAUCCCCAUCCUGAGAGCGAACAGUGGCUUUCACUCGAGAAGAUGGACUCACUCUGAAGGCGCAAAAAUGAAUUUUGCAAAACACCCUGGCACAGCACUAAGCAUCGAUUUUUAAAAAAGUCAAGGGACAAUAACCUUAAGGCAGUGGCUCUAAAUGUUGGGACCCAUACCUUGGGACCCGCAUUUUCCUAUUGUCAGCAAUAAAGACCAUAAAUUGUUCAAAAAUAGCCUUUGAAAAGCCUUGCGUCCAGAACAUCUAUACAUAUAUUAAUACAUUUUACAAAAUCAUUAAAUAAUAAAACAAUAUUUUGAACAUCUAUAAUAGAAACCAUUUUACAAACAAGUGAUAUAUGGUAAAUGAAUGAAAGUGGAGUUUGAAAAGUUUAGUUUCAAGAGUUUGAAAAAUCUGUAAUGAACUAAAAUAUGUAGCCAGCUCCAUAAUAAAGUGAAGCCUGUAGCUUGCUGACAGCAAUAAAGCAUCACUUAUGCAUACAAUA